UGCUGCGCCACUUACCAUUAGGCCCCCUACAGAUUGGGAGUGACAGGAGGCGUUGCGCGGACGCCUGGGGCGGGGCGAGCCGAGGGGCGGAGCCUGCGUACGGACUGGCGCGGGGAGCUCGCCGUCCGGAUGGCGGGGCAGGUGAAGGACCGCGAAGCCUUCAAGAGGCUCAGCUUCCUGUACCAGGCCGCCCACUGCGUCCUCGCGCAGAACCCUGAGAACCAGGCGCUGGCGCGGUUUUACUGCCACACGGACAGGACCAUUGCGAAGCGGCUCCUCCUGCGGCGGGACCCAUCGGUGAAGAAGACCCUCUGUCGUGGCUGCUCUUCCCUCCUCAUCCCGGGCCUGACAUGCACCCAGCGCCAGAGACGCUGCAAGGGACAGCGCUGGACAGUACAGAGCUGCCUAAUAUGCCAGCGCAGCCAAUGAUUCCUCAAUGAUCCCAGGCAUCUGCUCUGGGGAGACCAGCCUGAAGCCCAGCUGGGGAGCCAGGCAGCCCCUGCGAAGCAUAGCUCACUCCAUUCCAGCCUACCUUCCUGAGGAGAGAAUAGAGCCUCUGCCCCAGUUAUCAGUGAUGAAUUCAUCGUAUCUGCCAAAGAAAUAAAA